GUAAAGCAAAAUAAAUUAACUUCCGUUAGCUUAACGAUUAGGUACAUUUACAGGGCGCUUUCGCUUUGAAUGACACUCCGGCAGGGCGGUAAAUAUAAGAGCCAAAUACCACACUAAAACCGUUUUUAUUCAAUCGCACGCGCUUGCACCAACCGGGUUAACGGACAAGCAGCAGCAAGAGAUGAACGAUAAAAUAUGUUUAAUUUUGUUCAGUAGUUUAGUGAUUCUGUGCGAUGCUAUUAUUGUACACGAUGACCAUUAUGGUAAUUACGACGACACCCGUGAAUGGCAACCGGACAAACUUGGUCCAGCCCAGGGAAGAGUUGCUGCUGGCAGUGAGGAGGAAAGGGAGGAUCUUCGCCGCACUAACGGUGGGUUGAACUUUCACGAGGUCGAUGCAUUUGGAGACGAUUUUGUAGAUUUCGGUGCACAAACAGGACCGCUCGGUGCGUUCACGUGGCAUGCCAACUUUCCCGUCGAGGAACGACGGUAAUGGGAGGUAGCAGUA